GGGGAGGGGGUGGUGCACGGCGUAAUAAAAAGCAAAGUCUAGAGUGGAAAGGAGACUACGCAGCACAAAAGCAGUGGAGUAGAAAAGUGGGCUUGAUAUUUCUAGAGCUGCUUCUAAAGGAAUCGAGGGGGAGCCUUGCGGAGACUGAGGGCAGAGUGGGGGCCGCAGGCGAGAGGCGGAUUCUCAGCAGCUCCCAGUCCAGGGGAUACUCAAAGCUGGAGCGAGGCAGCCGGGCUCCCCGCGGCACUGCUUGCCUGGGUCGGCGCUCUCUCUCCGUCCUCCCCAGCUCUCUCCGCGCCCUCUCCUGACCCCGCCGAGCUCCCCGACUCCUCCAGACGCCGCACGGCUCCACACCUCCGCCCGCUGGGCCCUCCAGUUAGUGUUCCCGGCCCGCUCAGCGCCCUCCCCGCGCGCAGCCCCUAGCGGCGCGUCACUGCGAGGCCGGCCUCUGCGCGCCUCCCUCGUCCUCCUCCUCUCCGGCAAUACGCGAUCCAGCUCGGGGAGGCGGGGAAGCCGCCGGAGCGCGACUGCCGCGGCAGCCACCCUGCAGCCGCCGGUCGGAGGCGCGGUCCCUAGGCCCUAGAGCGCGGACGAGCCCCUAGGGUGUCGGCGCCUUGUCCGCAGAGCUGCCAGGCUCGUCCCUGCCCGGCGCGGGAGGCGCAGAGUGGUCUCCACGCCCAGCAUGGAGCCCAACACAGGGCUUGAACCUAUGACCCUGAGACCAAGACCUGAGCUGAGAUCAAGAGCCAGAUGCUUAACUGACUGAGCCACCCAGGUGCCCCAAGAAUAUUUAUUGCAUUCUUAUUUACAGAACAGAUUCAGGUACCACUUCCUGGUUCAUGGACUAUCAUCUUGUUGUCCUCAUAUGGCAGAAGGAGAGAAAGAGUUCUCUGAGGUCUAUUUUAUAAGGGCAUUAAUUCCAUUCAAGAGGGUUCUACCCUCAUGACCUAAUCACCUUAUAAAAUCCAGACCAUCUGAUACCUUCCCAUUGUUAGCAUUUCAACAUAAGAAUUUGGGCGGGGAGGGAUACAAACAUUUAGUCCUUAACAAGAGUUAAUCUUUUUAAGCAAGUGACAAUAAUUAUAUCCUUUGGAAUUUAGGAUGGGUAAAGAGAAACCAGGAGGAGGUCGAAGGAGAGUGAGAAAACAGUGGGUCAAUGCAUCAGAUUUCUUCUGCUGUCUAGAAUUAUCACUUUGAAUAUUUGACUAGGAUUAUUGGAAGGCUCAGAAAAUGAGUGACUGAGUGGGGUGGAGGCAGAGAUUCAUUAUUUUUGAUGAAUAAGUGACAGAAACAAGAGGCCAUGAGGUUGAAUGGUUUAUCCAUUUGAAUGAUGACAUACUGGAGAAGGAUGACCACUGUUGGUGUAGAGAGGAAGACUGUGUAUGUAUUGGGGGCCAAAGGCACUAAGUGAUAAAGAAUAAGCUAGAAGUCAGUAGAUAAAAGCAGUGCUUAUAAGAAAGUUUUAUGAGGUGCCACGAGCCUCAGUGGAGCCAAGUGUUUGCAGGAGAGAAGAAAGGUUCAGAUGUGGCCUUGCAAAGUCAAAAAUACACCUACCCCACAUCAUGGUCCUGGGGGAUUACAUUUUCUUGGUAGCAUAUCUAAAUCAUCAGGUUGUGAAUGUUAUCAAGAUAUCUGAGGUCAGCCUUUUCUGAGUUACUGUCAUCAAUAAUGAAUGCCCUAGAUGUUUAUAUGUGAAACAAAUUAGGUUCUAUUUAUGUAGCAUAACAGCUGCCAUUCAGCCAGAGGAAUGUCAAGGAAACUCUUCUAAACAAAAUCUUAGGAGGGAGGCCACAUAGCUGAGUAUAAUCCAAUUUUUUUACCUUGAUGGUAAAUACACUUCAAGUAUUAAAUGCAAACAGCAAGUUGAAUGGCCAUUCAAGAAAAACUGUGACCUUGAAAUUUCAAGGAACCCACCCAUGUGCUACUUACAUCACACUUAAAUCGAGCUCAUAAAGUUGAAGUGUCACAGUGUGAAAUAUAAAGUAGUGAUAUUACUAUUAUUAUAUAGCCUUAAGACUUGGAGACAAAAGGAUUUUAGUAUUGGACUGCAGGAGUCAAGUACAACCUCUUUGUUUUCCAUUUAACAAAGGAAACUGAGACUCAGGAAACAAGGUGAUUUCGGAGGCCUCAGCCUGUCUUUUCUCCUCAACACCACAUAAACAAAACUUUCCAUAAAUGACAUAGUCUUCUCAAUUCUUUGAUCUGAGAAGGUAGAGAGACUCCAGGACCUUGCUAAUCAAAUUAUAGCCCAUGAACUACAAGGACCAGGGCCAUCACCCAGGAGCUUGGGAGAAACACAGAAUCUUGAGCUUCACACCAGACCUAGUGCAUUUUAACAAGAUCUCAGGUGAUCAUAUUCACAUUAAAGUUUGAUAGACAUUAUUCCAGAGCAAGUCAGUAACUCCCAUCUGCUCCAAUCAGCAGAACCCCUGAUGCCUGGAGAGUUGAGGAGUCCCUUUGCAGACAGAAAGAAAAGAUACCAUCACUGACCAUUCCAAAUGUUGAAUGUGAUGAAACAACAGGAACAAAGUAUGCUGGGCAGUGGGAUGACACAGUUUCAAGAGCAGUACUGCCCUUUCCAGAAAGUGGAAAAAGGGAAAUUGCAAAAUAGAUAUCUCUGGUGAUCUUGAAAGAGCCUGUAUCAUGGAAUCGAUCUCUAUGAUGGGAAGCCCUAAGAACCUUAGCGAAACUUUUUUGCCUAAUGGCAUCAAUGGUAUCAAAGAUGCAAGGAAGGUCACCGUGGGUGUCAUUGGAAGUGGGGAUUUUGCCAAAUCGCUGACGAUUCGACUUAUUAGAUGUGGCUAUCAUGUGGUUAUAGGAAGUAGAAAUCCUAAAUUUGCUUCCGAAUUUUUUCCUCAUGUGGUAGAUGUCACUCAUCAUGAAGAUGCUCUGACAAAAACAAAUAUAAUAUUUAUUGCUAUACAUAGAGAACAUUACACCUCCCUGUGGGACCUGAGACAUCUGCUUGUGGGUAAAAUCCUGAUUGAUGUGAGCAAUAACAUGAGGAUAAACCAAUAUCCAGAAUCCAACGCUGAAUAUUUGGCUUCAUUAUUCCCAGAUUCCCUGAUUGUCAAAGGCUUUAAUGUUGUCUCAGCUUGGGCACUUCAGUUAGGACCUAAGGAUGCCAGCCGGCAGGUCUAUAUAUGCAGCAACAAUAUUCAAGCUCGACAACAGGUUAUUGAACUUGCCCGUCAGCUGAAUUUCAUUCCUGUUGACUUGGGAUCAUUAUCAUCAGCCAGGGAGAUUGAAAAUUUACCCCUGCGACUAUUUACUCUCUGGAGAGGGCCAGUGGUGGUAGCCAUAAGUCUAGCCACGUUUUUCUUUCUUUAUUCCUUUGUCAGAGAUGUGAUACACCCAUAUGCUAGAAACCAGCAGAGUGACUUUUACAAGAUUCCUAUUGAGAUUGUGAAUAAAACCUUGCCCAUAGUUGCCAUUACUUUGCUGUCCCUGGUAUACCUAGCAGGUCUCCUGGCAGCUGCGUAUCAGCUUUAUUACGGCACCAAAUAUAGGAAAUUUCCACCUUGGUUGGAGACCUGGUUACAGUGUAGAAAACAGCUUGGAUUACUAAGUUUUUUCUUCGCUUCGGUCCAUGUUGCCUACAGCCUCUGCUUACCAAUGAGAAGGUCAGAGAGAUACUUGUUUCUCAACAUGGCUUAUCAGCAGGUUCAUGCAAAUAUCGAGAACUCUUGGAACGAGGAAGAAGUUUGGAGGAUUGAAAUGUAUAUCUCCUUUGGCAUAAUGAGCCUUGGCUUACUCUCCCUCCUGGCAGUCACCUCUAUCCCUUCAGUGAGCAAUGCUUUAAACUGGAGGGAAUUCAGUUUUAUUCAGUCUACGCUUGGAUACGUUGCUCUGCUCAUAAGUACUUUCCAUGUUUUAAUUUAUGGAUGGAAACGAGCUUUUGAAGAAGAGUACUACAGGUUUUAUACACCACCAAACUUUGUUCUUGCUCUUGUUUUGCCCUCAGUUGUAAUUCUGGGUAAGAUCAUUUUACUCCUUCCAUGCAUAAGCCGAAAGCUAAAGAGAAUUAAAAAAGGUUGGGAAAAGAGCCAAUUUCUGGAAGAAGGUAUUGGAGGAGCAGUUCCUCAUCUCUCACCAGAGAGGGUUACAGUAAUGUGAUGAUAAAUGGUGCUCAUUGAUGCCAUAUAGAAUUCUGCUCAUGCCAUUAUUUUUAUGACUUCCUUUAUGUUCAUUUGCAAGUGCAUUGUCAAAUUGACGUGGGCUGAAAUCCUUACAGUAAGAUCUCAAUCAAAUUAGUGGCAGAACUUUCUUGAAAUUAAUUUUCACAGAGAUCAAUUUUGGCAAUAUGAAUUUUUGUGGUCAACUUAUAUGUUUUGUUUUACACAACCAAACACUCUUGUUAUUUUAAUAAACUGUAUUCCAUAAUCAGGCAAAAAUAUUUAUGGCGAAUAAUAUAGAUGUAACCUAAUGUUAAAAAAACUUUACAAACCAGCAGAAUUUUAAGUGUUAAUAUAAUUGAAUGGAUGCAUUUUUUUCCCUGAAGCUUACUUAAGGUUUUAAUUGUCAUCCAGCUUAAGAAAUAGAAACACAUAAUCAUACAUUAACUUUAAGAAAGGACAUAUGACAUUAGCAUCUAGGUAAGGGUGAAUGGUAACAUUCCUAUAUUUUUCUCAUAAGAUAGGGUUCGAAGAAUGUAAUUAAUUGUAUGAACCAGUGUGCUUUGUGAACAAACACAAAUUAAAAAAACAAAUUGAAUCUGACGUAUUUGAAAUGCAAAGGAGACAUGAAAUACAUACUGAUAAUAUGUACCUUAUGAAAGAUUUCAUUCCUUUUUACAGAGCAGUUUCAUUUGCAUAUUUAUAUGUUGAUUUGGGAGAAGACCGUGAUAUUUGGCUUCCAAAACUGAUUUUUUUUACUAUAGUACCAAUCCAGGGAAUCUUACAGUUGUUUCUAGUGACAGGGAGGGUAUUAAGUUUAUACACAAGGGGUUGUUUGUCAGCUGAUCUAUGUUGUUGUACAUUAUCCAGUCCCCACUCUUUCUAUGAUUUUACUGAUGUUCAUUGAGAGAUUAUAAUAUGCCAGGCACUGUUCUAAGCACUUUACACGUACUGUCCCAUCUAAUAUUUACAACUCCAUGACAGAGGUUGUUAUAUCCUCAUUUUACAUAGGAGAAAACAGAAGGACAGAAAAGCAAUUUGCCCAAGGUCACACAGUUAGUAAGAGCCAGAGCCAGCAUUUAAUAUGUAGGCAGUCAUAUUUCCGAGGCUACGGUUUUAACCACUAGGCUAAUGGCCCCUGCUCCAUCCUUAUGCAUUCAUUACCAUCAUGAUGCCAAUCUAGAUGCUUCCUCUUUUGUCAGUAAAGGCACUGACAUUCUUCACAGUGUGUUGUGGGUAUCAAAAAUAUAUGAAAAUAUUACAGUCAUAAAUUUAUUAUUGAUUGUGGGAUAAUCUACAGUUCCUCACCUUGCAAGAGGCUCUUGCUUGGGACCUGACCCUGGAGACCUAUGGCAGUCCAUAUGACCCUAUGCAGUGAGGGACUCCAGCAGGGUAGGACCAUAGCAGUUUUAACGAAUGGCUAAGGACCUGCAGAAUCUUAAAAGUCCCUAAAGAGUUGGUGAUCCCUUUUUUCUCUCCCUGAGAAGUCCUCCUGCCUGUUCAACCAUUCAUGAGGGAGCAGUUUGGAAGCAUGAAGGAUAUUAAGAAAAGUGGUUAAUUAUAAAUCUACUCUAGAGACAUAUAAUCAUACAAAUUAUUCAUAAAAAUUUUCAGUGCUGACACUCCACAUUAAAAUUGCAUUUUGUUCAAACUUUGAUUAGAAUGCCCUACAUUUUUUUCAUUUGUUCCUUCCUUAUUAAAAUAGAAAACUGCAGAUAAGAUACAAUUAUAUGCAUUAUGUAAUUAUAUAUCCUGAAAUUAUAACAUUUCUGAACUUAUACCCACUGAAGUACUACUGAAUGCAACUGCCAAAAUAAAAGGAGUUCUAUUUAGUGGAGGCUACCUUUCCCAUCAUUGGCUCUUUCCCUCCUACUGCACCCUGUCAAUUUGGUAAAUCACUCAUGAUUCUCUGGUGUUCUCUUCUUGGUGAAUUUUAGUAUCUUGUACUUCUUAAUUGAGCUCCCCCUUUUUAAAAUUUUAAUUCUAUUUUUUCCCUCUUGAUAAUCACUUCCUUGCUAGUUUUUAGUAGGAACUACCUUGGGUGAUAACUUUUAAAGGGAAACACCCAUACACUGUUGUAGCACACUAGUGAAAUUAAUAGCAUAUUUUCAACUUGUUCCUCAAGUUACCCUCUGUCAAGACCAGUGCUUUCACCAUUUAAUGUGAAAAUACAAUGAGACAUUUUUAAAAGCUAUAUGACUAUUGAAUUAUAUUGUUGCAUGUGUAUAUUAAGUAGCCAAUAAUAUAACACUAUUACAGAUAAAUGGGGCCUUUGAAAAUGUGAAAAAACAAACUUUAUGAAAAUGUAUAUAGUAUAUAACUUUUGUUUCAAAUGAUAAAUUCUUCUUUUUCAGUACUACAAAGAUGAAAUAAUUUUGAAGUUUUAGAAUAAAUGUAAUAUAUGCAUUCUAAUUCUAAUUCUAAAUGUUUAAAAACCUUUCUAAUACUGCAAAAAUAUUGACUUUUAAUUUAUUUAUUUAAUUGACUCUUAAUUGCUUUAUUUUACCAUUUUCUACCUGAUUUUUUUUUCUUAAUCAUUAUUUCUCAUAAUCACUUUUUUUUUUUAAUCAUUACUCUGGCCUCAGAAGUAGAACUGAAUUCUGCUCUUGCUAGAUGUGAGAAAGUGGCAGGAACUUGAAAGUAGUAGGGGUUUGUAUUUUGAGAAGUGCCCCUGAGAAAAUUAUAAGAAUGUAGAAAAUAUACCCAGUCUUAAUCCUAUGCAAAAAAACUAAGUAAGUUUUUUCUUAACAGGGAAGUAAUCACGAGCUGAAUCAUGCUACUUAGCUUUUGUGUGCAGAUUUCAUAUGUCUCCUCUAUGAAGAAUAUUUAAAAUCAUGUUUAAAUAAGAAUAUAUUCAUGCUAACAUAUAUAUUUUUCAAAGCACAUAUGGAAAUUUAGCCCAGAUUAUCUACAUAUAGAGAUUUUUAUUUAAAUUUUAAAAUAUUUUAAGGUAUGAAGAAAUUAUAUUUAUAGGUAUUUAUGAGAUAAUUAUUUUCUGCUACAUACAGUAUUGGCUAGUGAACUCCGUUUUAAUCUGAUUAAUUUCUUGUAAAUUAGCAUAAUCUUGACUUGAUUAAGGAAUUUUACUUUCAACAUUAAUUUGAUAAUAGCAAUUUAAGAUAUAUUCAUACUUUCAAAUUAUGAAAAUUACUUGUGUAAAAGGGCUUCAAGAAUAUCAUAUCUGAUUUUUGUAUUGUUUAUCUCUUACAUAAUAUGAUAAAAUUUUAAUUCUUUUUAAUUGCCUUUUGCCAUUAAACUAUUUCAUAAUAAAUUCUGUACAAAGAGUUUUUCCCCCAAAUAGAGGUUUAUUUGUGAAAUGUAAAGGUUUCUUAUGUGAUAUUUUAAAUAAAGUACCAUAAAUGUAACUCAUAAGUAUUUCUUUAGGAAUAUUAUAAACACUGAACCUGUGUCAGCCUAGAGAAUCUCUGUUUUGAAAUAAGUAUUCAAAUAGCCUAAAAUGUGGUGUUGAAAUUAUUUUGUGAAUUUUUGCCUAAAGCAUUGCUACAUGUGCUCAUGCCUUGAUCCGGUGUUAACAUUUCUAUCUGUGAUGUGUCAUCAUGAAAAUGAGAUGCUCUACCCUUAAUUGUUUAUAAGUGAGUAAAAAAAUAUUCUGGUGGAUAUUCAGUAUAUGUAAUUGCUCUAAAUGAACAUGUACUGAUUUUAGUGGAAACACAGUCUGUUCUUACCUUUGAACAGUGGAUUUUAUAGGAAUGAAUGGAUUCUUUAAUUUUUUUAAUGCAAGAAAAUUAUAAAGUGCUAAUAAUCACAGAUUCUGUCCAUAUGAUACCAAAAACAGUAUUUUGGUUAGUUCAGCCUAACACAUAAACAUACCGAGAUUUUUUUAACUUUCCAAAUCACUGGCUUUCUAUCAUGCAGUCAUGCACAAUUAGAGCAGACUAUACAUAUAGGACUCUCCCCAUGGCUGGACAGGCUAAAUUAAAUCACUAAGACAGGUGCUUUUUUAUGACUUCAAAUUGUCAACUUCAAUCUUAAUUCUCUUAAGAUUUUCCUUGAAGGUCUUUCAUAGCUUUGCAGACAUUCAGCCUACACAGGGCCUGGAAGUUGUCUCCCAAUGUCUGGUUACCCUACUUCUUUAAAAGCUGCUGUCCAUCACAUUACUCAACUGCCCUGGCAGUUGGGUGUAACAAUGAGACUGAGAGCUGGUCAGUGAGAUGAGGGGCACUGUGGUUGACUUCCUGGAAGUCUCUUCAAAGAAAAGCAGCACGUGUUCUUUAUCUUAUUCCUCCAUCUUGCUGCCGUAAUUGUGGAUACAAUAGGAGACCUGGCAAAAGUCUAAGAGGACCAAGGCCGCACCCUAAGGAAAGCCUAUUAGAAACUAAAAAGAUCUUGACAACUUCUACUUCACUAUUUGACUCCCUCUGCCUGUAUUUAACUCACUGUGCAUUUGGGUUUCUUUAUAUGAAGUCAGACUAAUCCAUUCUGGUGUUCUGUUCUUUGUCAUGAUUCUAUUUAACACUGAAUGAACUAGACUGCAAUAAUUCUUAUCUUUAAAAGUUUUUCAAGGAUAAUGUGCAAUUCAAAUUGGAAUUGAUUUUCCAUUGUUAAUUAAUGAUACUCAUUUUCUUGCCUUUGAUCUUUCAUUUGAUAUUUUGUAUCUGCUUGGAAAAUACUGUUUUCUUUAUAACUGUGUAAUAGCUAUUUGCUAAAACUCUGUAAUAGCCAAAAUAUCGCUAUCAAAUUACAUGCCAUUUUUUAUAUCAUUCUCAUAGAUCUGCCUUAUGAGCAUCUAAAUAAAAAGUAUUAUUUAAUGUG